GAGGUCGACUCAUCCGAGCAGGGAGGGAGCAGGGAGGCAUUUGAAAUGGCGGAUCUUGAAGUGUUCAUACAGGGAUCUCCUGAAGCGCACUCUGGGGCUUCUGCAUGACGCAGAAGACAGGCCCCAUGGCGGAUAUUGCAUCAACCUGCAACCUCGUGGACGACAGGGGUAUGAUAGCUUCUUAGAGUUGGCUUUUGGCUGGUCUUCAUUGAGCUGUUCGCUUGCUGUAGCUGCUUGAUUUGUUUUUGGCGCUACAUUGGGUUCCUGAGAAGCUGAAUGCGCAUAGGAGAGCUGACCUUUGUGGGAAGACCUAGAGUUGCCGCAAAGGUUUGGCCAUUCAGGGUUUUACCCCAGACUCUGAAAGCUAGGGGCAGCUCAACAAGGGGAGCAAUCAGGCGCAUUCUCUACUCAACUGGCUGAUCUACAUUGUUUUUUGGCGGUGGAAUAACAAGGCACCCUACGAGCUAGUAAGGCGGCGGAGACGCCCCAGCCACUUGUGCUCUUUGCUCAUCAGACGCUACAGCCUCAAGCCCGAAUGAGUCGCACUUCCGGGGGGGCCACAAUCACACUAGCAGAGGUUUUCGAGUUGGACAUAGGAACAGCACAAGUGCAAAGGAUGACUCGAGCGUCUGCGGUUAGCUGCCUAAAUCCAUGUGAAGCCCGGAAGCAGCAAUGAGUGUGUGUCGCUGAAGACAACUUGAGCGUCCAUCGCUAGAGGUCCGCUGACAUCAGCAUCAGCGUCAUGCGGCCGGCAGGCGGCCGGGGCUCCUCGGGGGGCCCCUCCUCUGCCAGCACGUCCGGUCCGACCUCCCCCCAACGCAACAACGACACUUGGGAUCUGAGCAUCUUCAAGGUCCCGAAGCCAAAGUCGUGCAUCUUCUGGUGCAAGCACUGUCCCCCCGGCUUGCGCCGCUUCCUCCUAUGGCUGUGGCUCUUUGUCGGGCUUGCGGCAGCGGUGACGGCCGCUGUCAUCAUCAUCCGCAACCUGAAGGUGAACCGGCAGCGGGACUUGGAGCUCGAGUGCAAGAACAGGGCGAACGUGCUGCAGAGCGAGCUGCGCGCAGCGGCGGACCAGGCGCUGAUGUACUCGGGGUUCGUGCUGACGCUGCAAGGGAACCUGACGCAACAAAACUUCCAAACGUUUGGAGAGGCAACAAUUCGCGCUCGGUUUCUUCUUGGGCGCAUCGCCUACUUGAUCCGGGUCACACAGGCGCAGCGGCCACUGCUUGACACGCCCUUCUUCCCCUUCACGCAAUACGCUCCAAACUCGUCAACGAUCCAGGUGCCUCGAGACAAUGCAUCGGAGUAUGCCCUCGUGCGGUAUACAGGGCAGGUGCCGCUGAGGGGUAAUGUCUUUGGCCUCGACCUGGCAGCCGAUCCCGUCCUGUCGCAGACCAUUUUCGAAGCUCGGGACACGGGCAAGGAGCAGCUCUCCCCCCCCCGCAUCCUCUACAACGGACUUCUGGGUUUCGUCAUCGUUUCUGCAGUCUACGAGCCAGUCGCUUUCCCGGAAAGUGCGACUGUGCAGCAGCGUCGGGACGCUUGCAUCGGGUACACCUAUGCGCAAGUGAACGCGCAGUCGCUGGCUAACAACGUGUUUGCCAAUUUCUCUGACACGAGGGUGGAGUCGCGCGUGUAUGACGUCACAACAGAGCCCCCCCAGGACACGAACCUGCUGUAUGCCCGCCACUUCCAAAAUAACAACGGAAGUGGCAGUUCGGCUACGCUGCUCGACCAAGGGACCAACCUCACCGUGAUGCUCCCAAAAUGGAAGCCCGACUACGCAAUUCCAAUUUAUGAGCAAUCCAGGAUCUACUCCUUGCAAUGUAGGAGGACAAACCCGGGUAAUGCCAGGAUCGUGAUGACCGGGGUGGGCUACGCGAUCCUCAUCAUGUUCGUGGUUCUCAUGGCCGCCCUGACCAUGUACAUUUCCUUCAAGCGCCUUGACAGCAUGGAGAAGGAGGCGGCUCGGAUGCAUAUAGUGUCUGAACGACUGUCGAUGGCCAAGGCUGCGGCUGAAGCUGCUGACACUGCAAAAGGCCGCUUUCUGGCAACCGUUUCUCACGAGAUCAGGACCCCCCUGAACGGCGUGUUGGGCUGCAUGUCGCUUUUGUUGGACACUCCGCUGAACGACGUCCAGCUGGACUAUGUGCGGACGGCGCGGGCCAGUGGCAAGGCGCUGGUUGCUCUGGUCAAUGACGUGCUGGAUCUCAGCAAAGUAGAGGCGGGCGCCAUGGAGCUGGAGUGCGAACCAUUCGACAUCCGUUCGUUGAUCGAGGACAUCUUGGGCAUGUUUGCGAGCACGACCCGAGAGAAGGGCCUCGAGUUGGCAGGCCUUGUCAGGGACGGCGUUCCGGAGACGGUCGUCGGCGACGCUGGGAGGAUCCGGCAAGUGCUGAUCAACUUGCUGGGAAACUCGGUCAAGUUCACUCAAAAGGGCAGCGUCUUCGUUUGCGUCUGGGCCGCCCAUUUCCCGAAAAGCGCCCCCCCGACGGCGGAAAGCGACCGUGCCGGGCCAGCGGUUUCCUGGGUCUCGAAGGACGUUCUCGACCUUUCCGGAGGGGGUCGGGGGGCGACCCUCCGGCGCGCGAAGCUCGCAUUCGGCAGCCCGAACAUUCUUGUCGCGCCCGCAGCAGGGCCGUCCGGGAUUGGGGGCAGCUUCCGAGAAGAUGACGGGCGGCGGAUCUCGAAAAGCUCCAUGUUUGGGAGCUUGAGACUAGGCCGAAGCGCCCGGUUUUCAGAGCCAAGCAAACCUGGGGAGCACCCGGGGGGGAUCCUCAAGUCGGCGUCGGCGCUCGGGAGUAGCUCACGGUUCAAGCACGUGACGAUCAGUAUACCGGACCCUGCCGGUGAGGAACCGAGCACGUCCGAGGAGCGGAGGACAGAGGACAGGAGGACUGAGGAGACAACGGCGCGAAGCGCCAGCUUCUCUCAAAAGUUGAAGAUGACGCUCAGCGGGUUGACGAAAGGGGCGCUGCUCCGGAAAGGGGGGGAGCGAGAGGAGGCGGGACGGGCCCCCGAGAAGCAAACCGUCCCCCCCGCAGGGAGCACGGAGGAUUCCGACGGGGCUCGGAGCCGGGCACGGCGGAGAAGCUUUGAGAUCUACGACCGCACUUCGAACUCGAUGCGACGGGAUAUCGAGAUGGGCUCUACGAAGGAGACCCCUGAGGGGAGGCUGCGGGAAGUCGAGAAGGACGCGAGCACCAGGGGGGGAGAGAACGGCUCAGCGAGCGACCUCCCAGAAGAGGAUAUGGAGCUGCGGGUGUUCUUCCGGGUGGAGGACACUGGGCCGGGUGUGCCCCCGAACGUGCAGAGCAAGCUGUUCCGGCCGUUUCAGCAGGCGGACAGCAGUACGAGCCGGAAGUUUGGGGGAACCGGAAUCGGGCUUGUCAUCAGUGAACGGCUGAUCACGCUCAUGGGUGGUUCCGUCAUGGCCUGGAGCGAAACCGACGUCGGCACCAGCUUCCAGUUCGACGUCCACAUGCCCGCCGUUGACCUCGCCCCCCCCACCCCUAGUUCCGGCGGGCAGUCGCCUGUCGCCAACCAUGGGACCAAUUGGCAACAGAGCUCGAGAGCGCCGUCCGAUUUCGAGGGCGCACGCGCGAUUGUGGUUCAAGACGAGGACGUACGACGGGAGGUCGCCGUGGGCAUCCUGCAGCGCAUGCAGAUGCACGUGGUCGGCGUGUGCAACUGCACCGAGGCGCUCGAGCUCGCGGUCGCCGCUUACACUCUCGACGCCGACCAAAAGGCGCGCGGGGAGUCCCCUUCUCCGAGUCCCCGGGGGUACGGGGUCUUGCGGCACCGCCUCACAAAGUCCGGCAUCAGUAGCACGCCAGGCGACGCCGGGAACCUUUUGGACUCGGGGGGGGAGCAAAGCGAGGAGACCGGUGCGGGGGGUUUCGGGCCUGCGCCAGGGAAUGCCAGGUUUGACACCGGCAGUCAGCGGGAGGGGGGUGGGGAGACGGAGAGCACAUCGACGCGGGAAACGAACAGCGAAAGCAGUGCGGGGCAGGUCGGGGGAGAAACGAACGUCGGCGGCACGCGAGAGCGGUCCCAGGCAGACGGCGUAUCCAGUCCCAGUGCCAUUGUUACGACGAAAGCAUCGCACCAGCGGUUGGAGAGUCGGGGAUCCGUAAGCUCGAGCUCGAGUGGGGCCUCCGUCAGCUCUCCGAUCGCCGAUCAGGGACGGUUGCCGUCACUGCAGUUGUGGAACAUGGAGGAGGGAGACGAAUCCGGAGAAGAUAAGGACAUUGAGAAAGUGAUUGCCGCCGGGGAGAAGGCGCUGCGGGCAACCGAGCAGAACGGAGUAAGCGAGUCGGGUUUCACUAACCAGCUGAGUACGAGCGAGAAUAACAGCGCUAACCUGCGAGGUUUGAGUGCGGGUUCUAACGCAACCGGUUCGGCGGCCAGGUUGGGCGCCAACCCGGAAAUCGAGCAGGUUAGUCUCAGCGGUGGGGCAGGCGUGCCCGAGAGCACGACGCCGACGUUCAGGGACGUUAUGGACGGCCUGCCAGUCGGACGGGAGCCGUUCGGGCGGGCCCCCGCCGAUGCUGACGUCAGCGCUGACAUCACCCCAGACGAAGACGCCCGCCUGGCGCUGCAGGACGCGGCGGAAGGGGGGCGGUUUAGGGUGGUCCUGGUAGACGUCGAUUGCGUCGGGAAGGUAUCGGCGCUGGAGUUUGCGAAGCAGGUUAAGGAUGACCCGCGGUUAAGCGAGUUGCUGGUGGUGGGCAUGUGCGUGGGGGGGCCGCACAACCAGGAGAACGGGAGGGGUGACGAAGCGAAGGCGGUCGGGCUGCUGGGACCGGUUUUCAAGCCAUUACGGCGAGGCGCCCUGGCAGCCGUUCUCCACGGUGCAAUGCACCCCGAGGGGGCCGAUUUGCCCCGUAGUCCACCCGGGGAGGAAACCACCCCCACAUCCGGGGGGUCCACGCCCGUAGGGAGCGUCCCCCUGGACGGAAAGAAAAUUUUGGUCGUUGAUGACGUGGCGAUCAACGUCAAAGUGGCCUCGAGAAUGAUUGCGGCGUUCAAAUGCCAGGUGCUGACGGCAGCAAGCGGUCAAGAGGCGAUUGACAUCUUCCGGCGAGAGCAGGGCUCGCUGGACCUCAUUCUCAUGGACGUACAAAUGCCGGAAAUGGACGGGUUCGAGGCGACCCAGAAGAUACGCGAGAUCAUAGCGGAGAACGAGGCGCUUGGCGCUCCCAGGCGGAAGCUGCCCAUACUGGCGCUCACUGCUGACGUCAUGAGCGGGACCAAGGAGGAGUGCCUCAAGGCCGGCAUGGACGGCUACUUGCCCAAGCCCUUGAAUCCCAAGAAGUUGAAGGAGCUGCUGCACGAGUUCAUUGGUAGUGAAUGAUCGUAUGUGGUAUGGGGCUUCCGCUGUUUGCGCCUGAACGCUGCGCUAAGUUGUGUUUUUGAAGAGUAGCGAAUAUCAACUUGCGUGAGUGACCCAAUUCCCAUCUGAAAGCAAUCAAGACUUUAGAGACAUGUGAUAUGUUUCGGAAAAGCUUCUGUAGGUCAGUACGGGCAUGAUUUGAGUACUGUCGAUAGCAUACACUAUACAUUGACACAGCUUCACCGAACAAGGCAGCUCACACUGUGACAGGAAUACUCAACCGGAUUUUAGUGCGCAGACACAAGAUUAACAAAGGUAAAUUCAAAGCAAUGAUCACCGGUCUAAAGUUUGUCUACCGGUCGUUCAACGUCCUUGCCAAGUAAUACGUAAUGUUUCUACCCGGUUGUGUUAAGACUUAGUAUUGAAGGUCUCUCAGUCUGCUGGGCAGCCUGACGGUUUGGGUCGAUGCAUGGUCGUCAGCGGAGCUAGGCUCGGACUCCGGGACUGUAGAAUAAAAG